AUGUAUGACGCUAUGAAACUACUCGAAAUUUUUCUACCAAUCAAUCUACCACCAUCUUUACAUCAUCAAGGAUUCAAAUUAUGGCUAUCUGAGUUUUUUGGUAUUUGGGAUAGUGUCUAUAAUGAUGUACGAUGGAGAAUGCGCAUCAUUCAACUUUUUACGCGUCUUGCAUGGAACAAUAUUGGUUAUAUAGAUUGGGAACCAUGGUUACCACAGAUUUUUACACGUAUUCUUCGAGGUUUUUCUCUUCCAAUUGGUACUAUGCAAUUGUCUAUUAACAAAGAUACUCAUUAUGUCCCAGAUAUCUCACGAUGGAUCGUUGCAAUGAUAGGCAAUGGAAGUUCUUGUCUUCAAUAUUUACGAGAUUUAUUGAUGGCUAUAAAAAGUUUCUAUUAUCCGUCAAAUACAGGAAAAUUUCAAAAAGGACUGGUCGAAUUCGUGUUAUAUAUGGCUCAAUAUUUUGUCGAUCGAAUUCAUCUAGAACACAAAGUUUGCCCUGAUUGGCACUUCGUGCCCCAUGAAUCCUAUCGACUUACCGAGCAAGAUAUUACAAAUUUUGUCGAUUGUAUCAAAGAAUAUGCACUUCUGUCCAUAUUUAACAAGGAUUAUACAAAAGAGGUUGCUGAAGCUUGUCAAUAUUUGGCCAUGUUUCGACCUGACUCAAUUGUGCCACCGAUUGUCGAUAAACUCUUAUUAUCCACCGACAACCUAAUAGAAGCACAUCGUUUUACAUCGCUCCUGCGCUGUCUAAUAGGUAUGACUCGUCAAUUAGUACGACAAACAUCGUCCUAUUCUUGUGGACAAACAUAUAUUUUACCAUUACUUAUGUCAAUUUUACCCGGCAUCGAUUUGAAUGAUUUUGAAAAGACAUCAGUAACAUUGGAUUUCUUCGAUGCUAUUUUUAUGUUAAUCUCAUGUAUUGAUUGUUCUUCGGCAGUACAUAUUCGAAAUGAUCUUAAUGAGAUUGAAAAAGAAGUUUGUCUAUCCACUGCAAAAUUUGAAGAUUUUAUAGCAAAAUUUCUCGAUCGAAUAUUUCAAAUGAUUAAUAUACUAUCAACAGACGUAUCAGAUGCUGUAAUCAACAAUGAAGAUCAAAGAGAUUAUGAUAUGUUACAAGUGAAAUUAACAUCAAUAAUGACCAGUAUUCUACAACAAUGUAGUAACAAUAUUUAUCAAAUGAUAAUGAAAGAAAUAACACAUUUUAUUACUGGUUCAAUUUUUUUGCCGAAAGUGAGAAAACUAGUUGCUGGUCUCGUUCGAGCGAUGGUCAAAUGUCAUCCAAUUGAAACACUGAAGUGUCUCUUACCACAAACAUGUGAAUCAAUCAAAAAGAUCUUAGGUCAAACUGACAUAACUCUUUUAAACGAUCAUAAUGGUGAUCUAGAACUAACUUGGUAUUUGAUUCUGUUCGCUGAAUUAGUUCAAGCACGCGGUGAUACUUUACUUGCUUACCAACAAAUGAUUAAAUCAGUCUUUCAUCAAUCUAUUCGUAUACUUCAUAAAGAUUCUUAUGAAGCUAUUUCUAUCGCAAUCAAACAUUUACUUCGAUCACUUUUGAAUGUUUAUCCAAUAGAUGAUCGUUUGAAUAGAAAAAAUUUUGAUGAGUCAUUUGUUGAUGACUUACCUAUUCGAACAUGGGGACAAAAUGUUGAUUUCAAUCAAAUUCAAGUUCAUUAUCACAUUCCUAAUGUUGAUGAAAUCGAUUUUGCUUGUGAUUUUGUCAAUACAUUUAUCUAUUCAGAAUUAACAUUAUUGAAAGAGAAUUUUUCGAAAAUUUCGAAAGAUGAACGACAAAGAUCACUUCGAAUUAUUAAGAGGAUAGCUGUUGGAUGCUUCCGCAUUGUACCACGUAUCGAAAGCAAACAAGUUCAAGAUCUAACAUGGGGACAAAAAAAGAUGGCUUUGUCUUUCUUAUGUUUACUUCUUCAAAAACAUGUACCUAUACCAUCGUCAUGUAUUGAAACUUGUCUUGAUUUUCUUAUUCAUGAUAAUAUUGAAUUAAGAAAGGAUGCUAUCAAAGCAAUUGCAGCUUUUUGUCGUUUACAAAAACCGCCGCAAAUUUAUGUAGAAAAAUCAUUCAAAGAAAUUCUUCAUAGUAUUGAUCAAUCGGUAAGCAUGGUCGUCAACGAUCUAUCUCAGCCAGGUGAUCGUGAUGAUAAUUUAUGGAUAACAUAUAAUGAUUAUAAAUGUCCUAAAGUACAAAGAGAAUGGGAACAAGUGUGCUUCUUGGAUAAAGUAUUUCAUGGUUAUUAUCAAUGGCCAAAGAUGAUCGAAUAUCCAAUGAAUAAAUGUGAAUCUUACAUUCGUGACCAAAUGCCGAAACACGUAUCAAUCAUCUUUGAUCGUUUUCUUGACAAAAAUUUCAUGACAAAAUUUAAUAAACUUAUUAUAUAUGAUGAAGGUACAAUUGACUUCAACAAAACUCGAUUUUUAAUGUACAAGGGUCUCUUUCGUAAUUUUGGCUUGGCAUUUGUUGACAAUUUCAUCGAACAAUCAUACAUACUCAUUCGUGAAAAGAUACAAGAGAAAUAUGAAGGUAGUCAUCGAGCGGCAGCUGAAAUUGUAGCUGGCAUGAUUCGUGGUUCAAAAUAUUGGACACUAGAAAUGCUAGAUGAACUUUGGCAAAAACUUACACCACUUCUCACUGAAGUUAGCGUCAAUCUUAACCAUGAAACAUAUUUUCAUUGGGGUUCUUGUAUUCGAUACUGUUUGAGUGACACAGAUCCUCGUCGAAUGUGUCGACCAAUUCAAUUCAUUUGUACAUUAAUCAAUCAACAAACAAGCGCCUAUACAUUCAAUGAAGCAUCUCGUUGGUAUUUAGUUCAAUGUCUUCGAGUUUUUCAAUGGCGUAUUCCAUCUGUUUGGCAUUUAAUCCAUGAAAAAGCGAAAGACCUACUCGAUCAUCCAUCCAAAUGGAUACGAGAACGUAUUGCUGCCAUUUUGUCGAUUUCAUUUGGACUCAAUCUGACAUUAUUUGAUGGUAAAUCAACACGUCAUCCCGAUGCCAAUCAAUUCAUCGAUAUGAUACGUGAACGAUUACAUCAAGCCAUUGAAAUCUAUCAAAAGAAACCACUAAUCAAUGUUUCUGGUUCAAGUGUUGAACUCGAUGUCGAAGCCCGUCAAGCAUUGAAUCUGAUCGAAACAGUGAUUGAUAUACAUUCAAAUUUAUUUAUACGAAGUCAUCAACCAAUUAAGGAAGGCAUUAUUUGUCUAUUUCCAUAUCUUUGUCAAAUUGAAAGUAUUGCUACCAAUGAUGACGAUUUUAAAAAACGUUUAGCAUUUUAUCGUAUGCAUAUUGGUAUGGCCUAUUUAAAUCCACAUCUAUUAGAAACACUCAUUCAACAAUUGGAACAUGUUUGUACAGCUGCAAAGUGGCAUGCACGUCGAGCAGCUAUUGAAUUCAUUCAAAAUAUGAUCUUUUGUAAUUUAUUCAAUGUUCGUUGUCAUGCUAAGCGAUUACACGAACUUGUACUCAAAUCGUUGUUCGAUGAACAACUAGAAGUACGAUUAAUUGCAUCGAAAACUUUGUCAGUUACAAUUCCAGAAACAGGACCUUCGCAAAAAACACCGCAAGUUAUAGUAACACUUUCUCAGAGGAGUGGUCUUCAACCUCGACAACUCGGCCUUCUAAUUAAUGACAACGAUCCAGAUAGUGUUAUCCUCGGGGAGUACUAUGCAAGACGCCGUAAUAUUCCUCUAGAGAACAUUGUUCAUUUGAAUAUCUCGAAAGUGAUCCAGCUAAGUCGAACUGAAUUUCAACCGUUGAAAGCUCAAGUUGAUUCGAUGUUACCUGAAACUGUACAGGCAAUUGCAAUUGCAUGGACAAUGCCCUCGCGUGUCGAAUGUAACUCAAUUACAUCAGCAUUGGCCUUGGGUUUUAUGGAAAGUCCUUGUAAUACAGGAACAUGCACCUGGGCAACUUCAUUUUCAUAUUUUGGAUCCAAUUCUACUCAGCCAUUCAGUGAUUUGAGGAUGCGUCCAGCAAUGAUGCUCGCAGUAUUGAAUAUUGAGCAAGCCAAACAGUUGAUUGAUCGAGGAAUGGCUUCUGAUGGAACACAAACACAAGGAUCUGCUUAUAUAAUGAACACGAAUGAUGGAAUCCGAAAUCUUCGAGGCAGAGUUUUUCCUUCCAGCAACUUAGGAACAAAUUUAAGUUCUUACGUUGAUGUUCAAAUAAAAAAUGCUAAUUGGAUUGCAGGAACUACAGAUGCACUUUUUAUUUUCAAGAAUUACUAG